AUGUAUAGCGGAGUGACGGCCAUUCUCACCGUAGGCGGCCUCGUGGGCAGUCUGAUGUCCGACCGUGUUGUGCGUUCUGAGGGUCUUGCAGGCGGCAUCGCUUGGACGGCGUGGAUCAACCUUGCCAGUGCGCUUCUCAUGGCUGCUGCGCCGCACUGGAUCGUGUUUGCGCUGGGACGCUUUGUUGCCGGUGUUGCAUGUGGCCUCGCGCUCGCCCCCCGUGUGGGCCAGAUUGGUACACUGCACCAGCUCGCCGUUGUUCUGGGCAUCUGCUCGUCGCAGGUUCUCGGCAGGAUCCUCACCGGACCAAACGGUGACAAGCUGGGCGGCUGGCGCUGGGUGUGCGCCAUGUCGGGAAUGGCCUCCAUUAUCCAGAUUGCUAUGACGGCCCAACCGGAGGACUUUGAGCGCAGCAGGCCUGCAACGUCCGACCCCGAGGACCCAGAGGAGGCAGACCGUCCACAUGCUAUCCCCCGCGACGAGACUGCCCCGCUUAUCCAGAACUCCGGUGGUGGCCCUGGGACAGAGCAACUCUCGGCCCGUGACCUCUUGUCUAACGCCACCCUGCGUCGUCCGGCUGUGCUGGUCAUUACGUUGAUGAGCCUGCAGCAGCUUUCGGGUGUGAACGCCGUGCUGUUCUACUCGACUCCGGUCCUCCAGUCCAUCUACCCGAACGCCGGUGCUGGCGCUGUGAGCGUGUUUAUCACCGUUGUCAACGUUCUUAUGACUUUCCCGGCCAUUGUGCUCGUUGACCGUGUUGGUCGCCGCCCACUCCUUCUCACCUCGAGUGUCUCUAUGCUCCUGAUGAGCUUGCUCCUCGCCUACGGUUUGGAUGAUCACCUUCAGAAGCUGAGCGGUUUCGCCAUUGUCGCUUUUAUUGCCGCUUUCGCCCCCGGUCUCGGUCCCGUCCCUUGGCUCCUCGUCUCGGAGAUGGUCCCUCACCACGCUGUCCCGGCCUUGUCUUCGCUCGCUCUCAGCGCCUCAUGGAUCACGACUGGUUUCGUCGGCCUCGUCUUCAUUCCACUUCGCGAUGCCCUCUCGUACCCUGUGGACCCUAGUGACCCCAUGAGCGCACGCGAAGGCGAAGGUCGCGUGUUCUACGUGUUCACCGUCUCGCUGGCGAUCACUACUUUGGUCAUCAUGCGCGGCGUAGCCAAGUAA